UGGUGCGUUGACAGGAAUAUAGAGGACAAAGACAAGAAUGCUAGGGUAACCGACGUGAGGAUAUCCAAUCGCAUUGGAUCGCCAUUGAGUCCCAAAUCAAUGGAAGACUUGGAUGUCGAAGAGACAUUCAGCCAGCCAUCAAUCGAUCUGGACAACCUUGACUGGGGCUAGGCACUUAUUCCACCACACAAACGAUAUGAGCAGGCGGGGCACUUUGCCAUUCUUCCAGCAGUCUUGAUCAAGCUAUGAUCCUUGCAUUUUUCGUUGUUCGGCAAUCAAGGAAAGGCGUGUGAAUACCACUGACUCCCCAAAGGUGCCUCUGAGUUCUGAGGCCGCAUCCUAUACCAUACAGCAUACUUACAGAAUUGAAAGCAUCUGCCCAAAUUUCACCUUCGCGACAUCCAUUCAACUUUCAACUCGUCGCACUGUCUCACAGUAUGAGGAAACGCCUCAAGUUCUAGGCUGAGACUGAGACGCCUGACUCUGUCCAAUAGAACAUUCAUAACGGCUUACAAUCCAGCCAGCCAGCUUUGCCGAGCUAUAGAUAAAGAACUCAAUACCAUCCCUUGCGUAUGUGGAAGCGCCCUUGAAAACCCAGACGCUCUAGCAAGAUCCUAUCCGCUUAUUCAGUUGACCCCUCGUAAGACUCGGCAUUUGCGCUACGAUAAUGUGGACAGUACAGCCUCCAUUAAUGCAUUGAAUUUCCCUGCGCACGAACCAGUCAGCCAGUAAGCCAAGAGACUGCAACUCGAAAUAGAGGUCCAGAUUUAGCUAGCACUCAGGAAACGAAUUGGAUCAGUCCAAUGGCCCCCAGGGGCAUCUUGUGGUUGCGUCAGUGGUCCAGUGUCAAGAAACCAGAACCGCCAAUCCUCACUGAGAAUGGAAGGACUCGACGACUCGCUGGGUGACUCGACCUCAUUGAAUGUGGAGUGGAGUGGAGUGGAGAGGAGGGAGGGAAGGAAGCGCGCCUGUUGGCCCGGGCCGCUGGGCCACUGCAGGUUGUGAAAUGCAUCACUGGGGCCACUGAAUGAAUGUGUCUUCGAGACUGUUGAGGGCUGCUAGCGGGACAUGCUGCCCCCUCCCUCCUUCUCAAUCCUUGACAGGCUACCUGACAGGACUUGCUUCUUCUGGGCUUCUAUGGCUGGGUUUCUCCACUCUCCCGUCAUCUAGGUUAGUGGGCAAGGUCCUCCAGGCUCUAGGUGCUCCUGUUCCUCAACCAGCGCCUCGUCAAUUCUCUCGUUAUCUCACCUCACCUCAUUUUCUCGUUCCAUCUUUGGCAUUCUUCCUUUGAUCUUCGUCAGUAGUGACUGGAAGCUAAGAUCAUCCAUCAUCUUAUGUGCCGACUUUGACGUGAUUCUAACCCGAGGAAUUCUUACGGCGCCCAUCUCGUCCCGAUGCGCACUCAACUGUCGCGCUCGACACUUAACGCAACUCUCACACUCUAUUUUAUCGCCAGUCAUGAUGGCACCUCCCGCUGAUUAUCCGCUCCAAACACAACAUGAGACCAGCCCAACCAGUCAAUUACAAUUUAAAAAGCACAAGAUUCUUCCACGACCUCGAUCUGAAAGGACCUCCGAAUUACCGAUUCGAGUUUCUAGCCCUUCAAUCAGAUAUGACCUGGCUACCAAUACUUCUGUUUCUGGCAAUGGAAAGCAUCCAUCGAGCCCACGAACUCUCAAACAUCAGUCGCGAAGGAUAAGUAGUGGUCCAGAUCUACCACCAACCCCGCCGAGACAUUCGCGCCAGCCCUCGGAGAACUCUUCUGGCAAGACAAAUAGUCCAGCUGCGACCGAUAUCGCUUUACGGACUCCCCAGCCAUCACAUCUGCGUCCACCCACCACGCCUCCUAAUCAGAAGAGCCCGCCUACGCCCGAUGUGACGCCGCCUCAUUCCACAAGUCGCCCGCAAUUACUACGGCCUAUUGCUAGUGACCGUGCCUGUUCAAGUACUACAGCUGGUGAAUCCCAAUCUGGUUCCUUCACAACUGCGCGAGAAGAGCCUUUAUCAUCCGAAGAUGAAGACAAGCCUAUUGUCAAUCAGAACUCACGAGCAACUGUACGCAAGAUCUUUGACCCAAAUUCUUGUAUUGACAAGCCUGGAAACCUCGGACUGGCUUUGGGCAACCUGGCACCUCACUCGGAAGGGAGCAGUACGUCCAGGUCACCAGCAGGGGAUUGGGCUCAUAACGACAGCGACUGGGGCUCUGUCAGUGAGGUAGAGCAGGAAUGGGAUCACAAUUUGCAAAGACUGGUGACUGUGAAGAAGCGACCUGAAGCACUUAUUAUGCAUCGUUUAAGCCCAAACAGGGCGAGAGUCGUGGAGCCCAACACAGUCAUACCGACACAAGCAGCCAAAGCUGUGCGAGGCAUGCCUUUGUACCCAACGACAGAGACACUGACGGAGACACUUCCGCGAGGCACUGCGAGCCGUGAUAUCCCCGCCUCGGCGACAUCGACAACAAUCGCGACUUCUGACCCACGUAGGAUGUCGGCGAUCUCUACUAAAUCCACUGCCUCGACUGUUGUGGAGGCUUAUCUUUUGGACACAGUCCCCAAGAGGCAGAGGACACUGCGUCAUGUGCGAAAACAAACCAUUCUGAGAGACUCGACCAAUGAGUCCUCCACCUCAACCGCAGCCUCUCUGAAGUCGGACAGAUCGUAUACUGAUUCAUGCGGUCGAAACCGUUCAACUGCUCCAAAGUCAGAAAGUCAAUACUCGAACGCGACACAUAAUUCUAUCUCUAGCGGCAGGGCUCGACGGGAAGUCUGGAAAGCAGGGGGCAUACCUGUGGUUGUUGUUCCUAGUCGGCUAUCAUCACACAAAACCAAGUCUAGAGAGCCGUCACUGAGGUCGCACUCUAGCCGAAAGUCGAGCCGUACCACCAGCGCCAGCCCUACGCUGAACGACAAAUCAACGAAAGAUGAGCCUCCCAUUGUGCGGCGUCAACUGAGAGGUCGAUCUUAUUCCAUGUCCGAAAGCUCUGAUGAGAGAACCAUAGACUACCCACCUAUGGUGCCUGCUCGCUCGUCCUCUCUAUCUGCUCCUACUAGCCGUAACGGUUCAAGAGCCAGUUCCCUGACAACCGAGAGUAUGAAGCUUCAUAACGCCUUGCAGGAAUAUCUCAACAAGAAGAAGGACACGCCCAGGGUGCCUGAACUUCGCUUCUCAGAAGACACGCCAGGGGCACGAACGUUUUCCAAUGCCUCAGAAAGUCACCGUCGGUCAGGUUCCGAUCGCCAUGACGACUUCUUGAACACAAAGGGAUAUGGCUCACAAAACACUCCGUUUUCGUUGGCUUCGGUCGACACAAAUGGGACCAAUCCGGUGGUAUCAGAAGCGCUCGCAGUGCAGAUGUACCCACACCAGAACUCGUCCCUAUUAAUGAUAGAUCAUUCGACAAAACCCUCUGAGUCGCCAGACGAGACUCAAUCGGAGGCGGAGGAAGAUCUGGAUGUGCCGAUGCCGACUGAUUCCUUGGAGGACAUUCCAACCACACCUCCUCAGCCAAAGUUUUCUCUUGACGAUGUCGACUCUCCUCUCCGAAAUCCGCGAGCGCCUCCCGAGCCACCUAACCACCCACCAGUCAUCAACUUCAUUCCUGCCACCCCAUCAGGAACGACUCCAGCUCACGAGAAAAUGGCACAGAUGGGCAACUACUUUGAGUCAAUGAACGAAAAACCCCCUCGUCGUCCUUCUGUGGUACGCCGUGCUUUCAAUCGUACACGACGCCACUCGGUUGAUUAUACACAGUCAACCCGAAGACCUUCGAGCUUCUUGUCGCGCACUCUGUCCCUUUCGCGCACUGGGAGGAUCAGAGGGAUGCCUACUAUGGAACGUGAACCAGCGCAUCUUGGCUCGGACGACAGCCCCGUGGAAGAAAACAAAUUGCACCCUUUUUGGCGCCCUCAAUGGUCUAGUGAGGACUCAGACGAGUGCGAUGGAUACUGUGACGAUGACUGUGAUCUGCACUCGUCGGAUGAACUCGAUGAUCAGACCUACCAAUAUCCUCCGGUAGACAACCGACCGAAGGGACCUCAGAGAAGCUUCAGUUCCAGGAUGAAGCGCACAUUUGCCGUCCUCCCGCCUCGUGACGGUUCCUACUACACCAGCUAUGAUUGGCCCACUACUGAGCGUCGCACUAUUGGGCGAACUCCAAGUGGUAACCUCAGAGUCAUGAGACAUCGGUCUAGUCUUGAAUCUCUGCGACGAAACUAUAACGGUGAUGAGAGGCCACAUUCCGCGGAUGGCGAAGUUAAGAGAUCAUUCUGGCGAGCCAAUAACAUCCACAGGCGUGCUAACAAAGAAAAGAGAAGGCUUUCCCUGGGAAGCAAGUUAGAGGAGUUGCAGAACCUCCCGCGCAAAUUCAGCGAGAGGCGGCGUGAGAAGCGAUCACAAGAGCUUCGCAAGAAGAUAAGCGGGCCAAAGGAAGUUCGUGAUGGGGUUGGAGAAGUCAUCAGGUCGAGCGCAGCUCGCGAUCAUUACAAGCCUUUCGAUGUGACCUCAUCACGCUGAGUAACUGAUUGGGUUUACUGGUGCAGAUGGCAUUAUUGGUGUACCAGGGGAGGUAAACGAUUUCCACUGCUCGUUGCAGGAGAUAUAAGACAAAAGGCUCAUGACUGAUGAUUCACGCUUUACGACACGAAUGAUGGAGGGUUAUGAAAAUGAUAUUGCUUAUGAUAUGCUAUCUGGGAUUUGUUUUUGAAGAGAUUCUAUAUGGGAACUAGUUGGAGGAUACUUUGACAUUGAAGAGGGUAACUCUCAUGUAUGAUAAUUACCAGUACACACGCACGCACAUGAAUGAAUAUACACACAAUAUUUGCCUGACUAAUACGGCAGUAACAGGA